GAGGCCGACCCCUGGAGUCGGAGGGGACGAGCCCGGUGUCGGCCAGGAAACACCACAGGGCUGAUUCAGCGCUGGAUAUAAAACAAAACGACUCUGGAAGAGAGAGAGAGAGAAAAGGCCCGAGGAGAGAAACGGAAGCUGCCACACAAAGUGUUCUGAGAAUGAAUGAUUUGUGUUGCGUUGUGUAAACACUCUGCUGUAUAAACAUCUUUGUCGUGUUCCAUUGUGAGAGUUUUGUGACUUUACUUCUGCUCCUCACUUCUCUCUGAUGCAUCACACACUAUCUCCUCCCACUUCUUUUCCACACCGUCCUCACACGAACACGUUCAUCUCUGACGGACUCUCGUAAACCUGAGCGGACACUCGCGGCGGGUGACCGUGUCGUGGGUGGUGUCCGUCUCGACUGUCCUCACCCUCACCGUCUCUCCGCAGGCACUCAGUGUAACACCGCAGCGAUGGCGGACAUCGUGCUGCUGGUCGACGGCUCCUGGAGCAUCGGUCGCAUCAACUUCAAAACCAUCCGCAACUUCAUCGCUCGCAUGGUCAGCGUCUUCGAGAUCGGCCCUGACAGAGUCCAGAUAGGUCUGGCUCAGUACAGCGGAGACCCAAAGACUGAGUGGCACCUGAACGCCCACCUGACCAAGGCGUCGCUGCUGGACGCUGUCUCCAACCUCCCGUACAAAGGAGGAAACACCAUGACAGGAAUGGCUCUGAACUACAUCCUCCAGAACAACUUCAAAGCCAACGUGGGAAUGAGAGCCGAGUCCCGCAAAAUCGGCGUCCUGAUCACAGACGGAAAGUCCCAGGACGAAAUCGUUUUCAACUCACAGAACCUGAGGGACAGCGGCAUCGAGCUGUACGCCAUCGGUGUGAAGAACGCCGAUGAGAACGAGCUGAGGUCCAUCGCCUCCGAUCCCGACGAGAUCCACAUGUACAACGUCAACGACUUCAAAUUCCUUGUUGACAUCGUGGACGACCUCACCACCAACCUGUGUAACAGCGUCAAGGGUCCAGGAGGCGAACUGAUGGAGCCCACCAACCUGGUGACCUCGGAGGUGACCCACCACUCCUUCCGUGCCACCUGGACGCCGCCCGACAUCCCUGUGGACAACUAUCGCGUCACUUACGUGAUGGCAGCAGGAGGACCCACCCAGGAG